AUGUUCGCUGCUAAAAAAUCUGGAGAUAUCACCUCUGCCUUUGCCUUUGGGGUAAAAGACGAGCUCCCUGCUCGCUACAAGGCUCUGAAGGAUCAAUUGCGACCAAAUGACAUUCAGAAGGCUUGGGAGAGGCUGCUCGCAGUGUACGAAAAAGAAAGCGAACGUAUCCAGAAGCUUGGAUCAAGCUCAGUAACCGAAGUCAACUUCAAGGAUAUACUUGCUAACAAUGGUCGCUUCCCGGAAGAGACCAUCAAGGAACUCCGCAAGUCUGGAUGUGUUGUGGUACGUGGUGUAUAUGAGAGAGAAGAGGCUCUUGGUUACAAGCAGCAGGUUCUCGACUACAUUGCAAAACAUCCUGGUAUUGAUGGUUAUCCCGCCAACAAUCCACAAAUUUGGGAACUUUAUUGGACAAAGGGCCAAGCCAAAGCACGGUCUCAUCCCAAUUUCCUGACCGUAUCAACUGCUUUGAACCAAAUCUGGCAUGCCAGUGAAGACGCUGCCAUUGACCUAUCCACCAAUGUAACAUACUGCGAUCGAUUGAGAAUUCGCGAAUCCGGUGAUAAAAGUUUCUCUCUAUCCGAGCAUGUUGACGGUGGAUCCGUUGAAAGAUGGGAGGAUCCAGAAUAUCGAAAGUGUUACCAAAAGAUUUUGGAUGGAAAAUGGGAGGAAUACGAUCCAUUCGAUGCCACUCACCGCGUCGAUGCGACUAUGGACAUGUAUGAUUGCGGUGGCGGUUGUUCCAUGUUCCGGUCAUUCCAAGGUUGGGUAUCACUCUCAGAUGUUCAGUCUCCAGGGGGUGGCACUCUGAAAGUGUGCCCUCUCAUUAAGGAAACGACGAGUUAUAUUAUGAUGCGGCCUCUCCUAGACGAUUUGAAGGACAGCAGUGAUAUGGGUGGUUCUCGACCGGGAUCACAACAAUUGCUUAGCAAAGAGCAGCAUCCACAUAUUAUCGAUACCAUGGUCUCCAUCCCUAGUGUUCAUCCUGGCGAUUGUGUCUUCUGGUCUGCCGAUACAGUACACGCUGUUGAGAAUGAGUGCAACAAUCCAACUGAUAGCAGCGUCUUCUAUAUACCUGUUGCUCCAUUAUGUGCCAUCAACAGCAAAUGCUUGCGUCGCCAGCGAGAGAACUUUGAUAAAGGAUUAACCCCGCCAGAUUUCCCUGGCAACAACUGCGAGGUUGACUUUGAUGACCGGGCCAAGCCUCAAGAUCUGAGCGACCUUGGUAAACUUGGUAUGGGGUACACUCGCUUUGAGGAGAAAGCCGAUAUGACUAAAGGUCAAAGAGAAGCUAUUCGUACGGCCAACUCUUGUUUAUUCGAUUAGUGCCAUUUGUUAAUAAAACUUCCACAUUUUCACAUUU